AUGCCGGAAACAUACGAGGACUUGGUCCACCAAUGGAUCGGCUCUCAGGGCUUUCGCGACCCGGUUGAGCAAGAGACUGCAUGGAAAAGAUACAAUCAUAUCCUAUCCCCACAGCAUCAGACGGAAUCGGAGGCUUCCGAUCCCACGGCAGACAGCUUCCAGACGAGCUUAAGUCCAUUUCUUGGGGACGAAACCCUUGCGCCGCACAUUUUCGAAGUCAAGUUUCUCACCGUUCCUUGCAACAGGAUACCAUGGCAGCCUACGGACAUCCAACUCCAAGCUAACCAGGUGGUGAGCGUCUUCACCGCUGGUAGAGUAUGGUUCUCUCGUCUUCUGGACAUGUAUCUGCGGCCGCAGGCCGGGUUGUUUUGCAAGAUUGGAGUCGAUGGGGAGGUUUUCAAUUCCACAAGAGACACACAUACGUUUCGUGUGGCUGAAUCUGGUGGAGAGCUCUUUCUGGCUACUCAGCCGCCGGGCAUGUUUGCUAAUCCUGCCGGAGGGAGACUGGUGGCUGACCUUGGCGCCUACGAUCAUGUGGAGGGGCGGAUAGAGAUGCUGGUCGUAGUGUGGAAGAACGACACCAACGUACAAGAACUCUUGUCGCAACUCGACGACAGCAAGACGGAUGCAAGCUGCAGGUCUUUGCUCAAGCAAGAAAAGGAGCGGCCGCAGAGUGAAGAAUUGUCAAAGAUACCGGGUUGGCAGGAGCUGUGGUUCCUUGGCCAAUCUACCAUGUAUCGACAAGUCGAUGACCGUGGGAGUCCUUGCAUCAACUGCAAGCCCUAUCAGAACGUUGGAAUUCUUCAGAAGAACAUUAGUCCUACUCUGAACUUUGGCCCGGAUUGCGUGGCCUCUUGGCGGUGGAAGUUUGAUUCAAUCCCCUCGCGGUUGCGCGAAGAUACAGCCAUGAGCCAUGACUACCUGAGUAUUGCAUUCGAAUUCGAGAGUGGAAGAGACAUCACGUAUCAUCCGUCUUGGGAGCUACCGCUUGAACAUGGCUAUUGGUGUCCGCAAGCGACAUGGACGGAUCGCGAGUAUCACGUCGUUAUUCGAAGCGGGACAGAUUAUCUUGGAGAAUGGCUGAGCGAGGAGAGAAAUCUCUACGACGAUUACGCGAAGUACAUUGGGAAUGCGCGUAUGCCGAAAAGGAUAACCAGAGUAUGGUUGAUUGCUGGAAACAGAUGGCAGCGACACGAUGGUGAGAUGACCGUGAAAGACAUCAGCAUCACUCACGACGGAGCUACUGCGAGAAUCCUAUGA